ACAAUUUUUCGAAAAUAUACAACUGUAAGUAGAGACAUCCGACAGUAAACAUCGAUCAGUUGGUCAAUAAGUAAAAAUUUAUUGAACGAAGUCGAAAAUGAUGCGUAAAUUCAUCAUUUUCGCUGUUGUCGUUGUGGUCAUAGAGGCAACGUCAGUAUGCGACCAUGAGAAAACGUGUUGCUGCGAUAAGGACAAAUGCGACGUGAUUAUCGUACCCCGCUGCGCUUGCGAUCGUUUUUGUAACUCCAGCACAAAAGCAACUUCUGACUCCGUGAAUCCGCCCAGGAGGGAGCCGAUCGCCGAUGAAGAUGACUCACGGUUACCGCGGAACCUCAGGGUCGAGGCUGCAGGGUUCGGAGAUCUGCUAGUCAAAUGGGACCCGCCUGCUGGGAGCUCCGCGAACAGAGAUAUUCGCGGAUAUUCUAUUGCGUGGGGGCUAUCAGGUGAUGGAAACCUGCGGGCACUGGAAAAUAUAGGGAGGACGACGCAGUACAUAUUACGAGAGCUCCUAGCAGAUUCGGACUAUAUAGUUUAUGUUUCUACGGUAUAUGCGAAAGGUUUCGGACCUUCCGUGUCUGCUAUUGGAAGAACUCUACCAGAAGGUUCUGUUCCACAACCUCCUAACGCGGUAACCGACCUGCAAGCAACUGCGCUCCGUCCAAGAUUAGUAUUUUUAAAUUGGACGAUGUCCUCCAGUCCCGAGAAUCCAAUCACAAAGGCCAUCAUUGAAUACCGUGUCUUAGAGAGCAACACUACCCAGAAGUGGGAAUACUUCUCCACCACGGAUCAUGUACUUAUGCACGGAGCUCAAGGUCACAUCCAUAAGGCGAACACACAUAUUAAAGACCUUGAACCAAACACAGAAUACAUGUUUCGUGUGAUUACAUCAAGUCCGGGGGGUCAAAGUGUGCCAAGUAAUUCCGUGGUAGUAAGGACUCCCCCAGAACCGGCGCUACUACCACCGCGGAAUCUUGACGGGUCCUGGAGUCAAUCUGGCGCAUUCGAGUUCACAUGGACGGAUCCCGGGGAUGUAGAGCCUAUUGGAUAUACUAUAACCGUCGAAGGUGUGCGGGACGACAACACUCUGGUCUGUAGACAAACAUUCCUAACGGACGGGACGAGCUACUCUUUGACUAACCUGCAACAUGACGUCCACUAUACUAUUUCGGUUAGGGCUCGCAAUAAGGCGGGUCUUGGCCCCCCCAGUUAUCUUUAUCCGAUACCAGUUGAUUUCGAGGAAAACCCAGCGAAUGAUGAUUUUCCACAGAGGCCCAAUCAAGAUAGCGGUUCAGUUUCCAUCCCGGAGGGGGCAGUACACAUUAGAUAUCCUGAUUCGAUAAAAGCAGGUGACUUGGUAUCAUUAAGUUGUACCGUUGAUUACCAGAACAGACCACGGGAAAAUAAAGGUAAAUUCCGGUGGUUGAUGUCCGAUGACAGCGGGAACAUUCACGAUGUACCUCCGUCAGACAAAUUCGAUGUAAAGUUCUUUACGGACGAUACCUCGUACGGAAUGGUCUUGAGGAUCCACAAUUUUGACAGCAGAGAUCAGAGAUUGUACAUAUGUCAACUCCACGCUGACGGCCAGGACUAUACAAGAGAAGUAACAUUAAACGGAAUGGUCAAUGAAUUCGUUGACCAACCAGUUCCGCCGCAGGAACCACCAGUCUACCCGAUGCCCGUUCCACCGCAAUUUCCAGCAGGUGUAAUGCCUCAAAGUGAGGGGAACUCAUUUCAACCUAGUGCACCAUUUCCAAGCGCUAUUAAACCGGGCACACGGCAUCCGCCUCCGGGAAGUGUUAACAAUCCACAGGCAUUAUGUACUUAGAGGCAUAAAGCUCGACAAAGUAAAAUAAUAAAAAAUCAUGGAUUAUUCAAUUGAUAAAUGAUUCCAAUUGUAUCAGUAGUAACCUGCAAUAUAGAAAAAAAAUGUGUGACUCCUCUGCUAAUCAUGAAAUAAAUAAUUGAAUUAUUUUUUUUCGUAAAAAAAAAUUUACAAUAACUGUAUUGAUUUAUAAUAAAUUCCGAUGUUUUCAUGGGA